GAUUUGGCAACAAUCUCGAUCACAAAGCUUUUGCUCAAGUGAUUUUAUAUCUUUUCGCUAAGCCUCGAAGUCUUGCUUUUAAAAACGAUAGUGAAAAAAGCGAUAGUGGAAAACCACAAAAAGCAGAUGGGGUACAUUUCGCCGACAUCAAGACGCGACCAGACAUCACAUGGCUGUGCGAAUAGUUGUAAACGUGAGGGAAAUACGGUGCAACGUAUCUAUAGCUAGUAACCUUCUACGUUGGACAACGAACUUUUAUUUUUAACCACGCUUCAUGUACGCGUGACGUACCUGACGAUAGGAAAAAGGGAAGCAAACGAAGAUCAGAUGCUGUAGUAAAAAUACUCUAACAAAGACGCUGCAACCAUUCGCGGAAGAGAAAGCAUGAUCGAUCAUGACGAGCACUUGAUCAUGGCUGCAAUUCUUGUCAUUCAAGCGUGAUGUAAUUGAUUGGUCGUCGAAAGCAAUUGAAUUGUGGAGAUGAAACCUUAAUAACCAUUGUUCUCUUAUACAGCUUUAUCAAUAAAUGAUGCAGAUCUUCGUGAAAACAUUAACCGGAAAAACGAUCACUCUUGAUGUUGUCGCGUCAGAGACGGUUUUGGACAUUAAAAACAAAAUCCUAGAACGCGAAGGUAUUGAACCGGACCAGCAGCGUAUCAUAUUUGCUGGCAAACAGUUGGAAGAUGGUCGGAUUAUAUCGGAUUACAAUAUUCAGCACGGUUCGACGAUGCAUUUGGUGCUCCGACUUAAGGGUGGCAUGCAGAUCUUUGUGCGGAUGCUUACGGGAAAAACAAUUGCCAUUGACACGGAACCGGAAGCAACGGUUGAGAGUGUCAAGAAACAGAUCGAUGAACGGGAGGAAAUUCCACCAAAUCAGCAGCGUAUGAUCUUCGCUGGCAAACAGCUGGAAGACGGUCGUCAGCUUCAGGAAUACAGCAUCAUCAAAGGCUCUACCAUCCAUUUGGUUCUGCGACUCAAGGGUGGCAUGCAGAUUUUUGUUAGAAUGUUGACUGGCAAGACCAUUGCCGUGGACACAGAACCUGAGGCAACGGUUGAGAGUGUCAAGAAACAGAUCGAUGAGCGUGAGGAAAUCCCACCAAAUCAGCAGCGAAUGAUCUUCGCCGGGAAACAGCUGGAGGACGGCCGUCAACUGCAGGAAUAUAGCAUCAUCAAGGCGUCGACCAUUCAUCUCGUACUGCGACUCAAAGGAGGCCUCUAGAUGCGCUCUGUUCGAGAAAACAAGCCCAUUGUCCUAUUUUCUACCCAGCAUGUCCUUUUUUUAUUGCUACGUACAUUGAAUAAACACAACGAUCGUAUAAAGCUGAACGAG